AGGGCUGAGAUUCUGGCUCCGCCUUUCCUCAGGUGGGCCAGUCCCCAUUCUCGCUCUACUUCCCCUCUCUCUGGACCAUACCCAAACCACCCCCGCCACCCCUCUCCCGGGCCUCAUCUCACUCUCACCCGCGAGGUGCCCCGGCGCCGCAGGGCAGUGGCGGCCUGCAGGUGUGCAGCGCAGGUGAGGGGCUGGGACCACGUCGCCGCCCGCUCGCGGAGCUCGGGGCUAAGUGGCUCACCUGAGUGGAACUCGCCCCAGGCAGACAGUCGAAAACUGGCUGCUCGGAGCCCUGCCCCAGCUGGGCCCCUAGCAGGAACCCUCGCCCGAGCCAUGACGGGCUGGCCUCUUCUCUGCGCCCUGCUGCUGCCGCUGGCUUCGAAGUUGGAUGGCGUUGGAGGGAAUACCACUUCCAUAGCUACUACGAAGACUUCCAAUAUCAUCUUCUCCAGUACACCCCAAUCCACCAUCACCUCAUCCAAUGAAAGCUCCCACCCCACUUCCUCCACCCCCUCCCCCAAAACUUCCCACAGUGGUACCCCCUCCUCUACUGGCAGCUCCAACAGUGUCAGUACCUCCCACAGUGUUAUCCCCCCCACCAACAUCCCCUCCACCCCCUUCCAUAGUGUCACUCCCUUCCGCAGUGACUCUACCUACCAUACCUCCCAUACCAGUUACCCCACCCCCUCCCACAGUGGCUCCCCUUCCUCCACCACCUCCCACAGCCACUCUACCUCUCACAAUAGCAGGCCCUUCUCUCCAACCCCCCCUGAGGGCUCCUCCCCAAGCUCAAGCAUCUCCUCCAGAGCUCCGACAGCUGCUGCCAAUAGGACCCUCUCAACAACCAAGCUGCGGAUCAGUGCCAGUGCAGGAGUGAACCAGCGUAAUCCUGGUGUGGUCAUUGUGGUCUGCCUGCUCGUAUCCAUUCUGGUCCUGGGCUCCGUGGUGGUAGCUGUGAAAUGCUGCCAGAAGGACAUGAGAAGCUUUCAGAAGAUGGAUGAGGUGCCCAUGGAAACUGUUCGAGAAGAGGCACCUUUUGCUAGAUUCCCCCCUCAGUGACCACAGAGGGCAGUGGGAGGUGGAGAGGUGGGUUCUGAGGGGCUUUGGGAACAGCUCCUGCUCAUCUGUGUCAUCUCCUUCCUCCCAGAUGGAUACUGGUGUCUGUCACUGAAUAAAACAAAGAACGAAA